GUUCUCCUGCAUCUGGAUGCAAAGCAGUACUUACUGGAGCCAAUUGUAUGGUCUCUUCAAUUCCCUUCAUGCGCGCCACUUUGCUCAUUUUCGCAUCUCGAGCUUCGGCAUCUGCAUGUCUCCAUCAUCGUCAACAAGGUUUGCUAAGAAUCCUUUUGCCCUUGUCGAUCGCUCAUCGCCGUCAUUCUGGACGAUGGCAACCCCGGCCUCGAUAAUUAGUUCGUUCCUGAGUCCUGAGUGAGCAUGUCUCCAUGGAGAGCGCCUUUAUUUCCCGGUUCUUAUUCCCUGUCCGUCCAGUUCGUCUAUCUCUUCCGAACAUUUUUUGCGCUUUCGAUUCGUUUCCAUUCUUCAGUUUGUUGAGAUUUUUAUGCGAUCACAGUCGCCCCUCUGACUCGCGAUGUCACUUCCUAAGGUCUUUCUUAGCUCUCUACUAUUGCUUCCUGUUAUUAUAUUCGCCGGCAAGUGCCCGGAUCUUGCUGGAGACUUGAAGCAGAAGUUGUCGUCUGGGGUGACAAUUGAGAGCAACGAUCCUACGGUAACACGAUGGAGCGAAUAUGGAGCUCCAAAACCCGCAUUUGUCGUCAAUGUUGCGGCCGAGAAAGACGUUGCAGCCACAGUUAAAUAUGCCGUUUCUAAGAAUAUCCAAUUCUUAGCGCAAGAUGGAGGCGCAGGAUGGGCGAAGACUUCCACGAUUGAUAAUUGCGAUGUUGUGAUCAACAUGCGGAAACUGAACCAGGUGACUGUGAGCGGCGACAAAACCACACUUACACACGGAGGCGGUGCGAUCACAUCCGAAGUUAUCGACGCUGCCUAUGCAGCAGGCGUUCAAGUCAUCAGUCCCAAUUGCAACUGCGUUGGCAAUAUGGGUGCGUACCUUGGUGGUGGAUAUUCUCGGUUAGCCGGCAAGUACGGGUUAGGCGUGGACAACCUGCUCUCCGUCAACAUGGUCAACGCAGACGGUGAUCUUCGCACGGUCACAGAAAAGAGCGAUCCGGCCCUGUGGUGGGCUAUCCGUGGCGCAGGACCAAACUUUGGCGUCGUCACCAGUGCUACGAUUAAGGCGUACGAAGUCCCACAGGAGAAGAACACCGCGUGGCUAGGGGGCCUCAUCUUCACCCAAGAUAAGAUUGAAGCCUUGGUGACGGCGAUUAACAACCUGAAACUUCAAUCGCAGAUGGCAAUUUUCCUGUAUUACGCGACCUCGGAGGGGGAGCCCAAUGUCAUUACGUUCCCUUUCUGUGCGGGUUGCACUGCGGAGGAAGGAAAAAAACUAUUUGCAUCGAUAUACGCACUCGAACCUGUGGCCGAUACAACUGCCGUCACUCCUUUCAACGAAGUCAACGCUGGCGGCGAUACGUUUUGCGAGUUUGGAGGCCGUAAACCUGCCUAUGGCUCGGGGAUGGCAAAAUUGGACCCCGCAACUUGGAGAGGGAUUUGGGAUGACUACGUUGCCUGGCUGAAGAAUCCUGGAACCGAAGCUAGUACCAUAUUGAUGGAAGCGUACAGCAUGGAUAAAGCAAGAAGCAUAUCGACGAACUCUGCGUCGUUUCCGCACCGAAAUACGAUCAACUUCCAUGGAGUCGCCCUGCCGUGGUACACUGAUGCCGCGCUUGACGGCGAAGCGGAGUCGUUUGCCAACAAAGUGAGGACCCGAUUGAGGGCUACGGAUGGUCUAGGAAAGGACAGCUCUUACAUUAACUUUGCUCAUGGGGAUGAAUCUCUUGAAAUAAUCUAUGGCGACAGCCUCAGCAAACUCAAGGCCACGAAGGCUGCCAAUGACCCAAAGAACGUUUUCAAUCAGUGGUUUCCACUUUCGAAGGGCCGCUCCAACCAGGCUCCUGCUACUGAUGAGGCAUGAACGGUUCGGAUGAAUGUGGAUAUCCUUAUUUUGUACAGUUUUGGCGCUUAGGACUGGCUAGGAUAGCCUGGGUAUGUCAUGCUUUCACUUUUUUGCAGGCCAGGCUUUUGAAUAGCAUGCCCACCAUUACUUACCAAGUACGAGACGAGCGCAUUCCUCGGCAAGGUAGAAUUUCCCGCUUUGCAGUCUAAUAUAACGUCAAGACAC